AUGACAAGCUCACCCCCGCUUCAAGUUACCUUGCAAGUUCCAGCAAAAAUCAACCCUCAGCUUCGCGUUGGGCCGCCUCGGCAAGAUGGAUACCAUGAUAUCACCUUAGCAUAUCAAGCGAUUUCGCUAUAUGAUAUUCUCACGAUUUCACAAAAUCCUCAUGGCCCCACUAUGAAUGUCAGUGGCAUGGACAGCGACCGAGUGCCACGCGAUCAGCGGAACCUGGUCAUCAAAGCAGCAGCACUCCUUGGCUCGCAUCUGGGCAUUGAACCUCAUUUACAUUUCGAACUAGUCAAAAAUAUUCCCUCCGAAGCCGGCCUUGGGGGUGGAAGUGCGGACGCAGCAGCCGCGCUAGUCGGUUGCAACAUAUUAUGGGACUCGAAGCUCGGCGCAGAUGAACUUAUGACUUUGGGGGCUCAUAUUGGGGAAGAUGUGCCAUUUUUUAUCAUUGGUAUGAUGGCAAUAGGACUGGGUCAUAAACAACCUCUUAUCAAGCUGGAGACUUCAGAUUAUAAAUGGACCUGGGUUCUGGGGGUUCCCCGGCGAGGUUUAUCAACGAAAGCAGUCUUUCAGGAGUUCGACAAGGUGUCAGAUAGCGAGGAAGCCUAUCUCACCAGGCGGAAGGAUUGCCUUGAGACUUCAUGGGGAACUACAUCGCCUGAAUCCUUGCUGUCUGCUCUUGCAAAUGAUCUGGAGGUACCUUCCACGAAAAUCUUACCUGAUAUUUCCGUUGCACUUGAACUUGGGAAGUCGGCCGGGGCACAUGCAUCCUUAAUGUGUGGUUCGGGAUCAACGUGUGCCUUUUUAGCCAAAGAUGAGGAGCAUGCAAGACAUUUGAAAGAGAGCAUGCAGGAAGAAGGAAUAUUCAGGAAAGUUGUUAUAGCUUCAGGUCCUGUAGAAGGAGUUAGAGUUCUGUGA